AUGUCACUAUCAAGCAUGUCAAUGCUCAUGCCCUCAGUCGGUAUCUGGGAAUACUUCGACUUUGCGCGCGUAGGAAUGAUAAAAACCACACAAGCCAUAGACUCCGCAAUCAACAGCAUGAAAAUCUUCCAAUCCCACAAUCCAGAACUAGUAGCCACAACCACAUCCCCCCACUUCUUCGGCGUCGCAAUAGCACUAGUCUCCUGCCUCCUCGUCGCCCCAAUCCCAGAGGCGCGAACAAUCGAAGUCCUCUUCGGUUACGCAAUCCUCAAUUUCGUCUACCUAGGUUCCUUCCUAAUGACCCAAUCCGAACUCCCAGUAAUCAUAGAAUAUUGGCUCCUCCCAAACCUAACUUACCUAGCAACAUGUGUAAUCCUCACUUUGAUCCGUCGAGUAUUCAUCUCCCCGCUUCGUAAUUUCCCCGGUCCUGCUUCUGCUUCUAUUUCGAACCAUUGGAUGGCUAAGGAACUCGGCGCGGGGACGUUUUCGAAGACGGUGAGGGAUUUGCAUAGACGGUAUGGUGCUGCUGUUGUUAGGACGGGACCUAAUGAGGUUAGUGUGAAUGAUGCGGAGGCUAUUGUGAAGAUUUAUAGUGGGAAGUAUCAAAGGGGGAGUUUUUAUGAGGGUGGGAAGUUGAGAGGUCAGGCUGCUAUUCGGGAGACGAGGAGUCAGUAUCAUCAUACCAUUUGGAGAAGGAUUUGGGAUAAGGCAUUCACACCUGGUGAACUUAAGCACUACGCAGCACAGACCGAGAAUGCGACUUCGAAGCUCGUAAAUAGCUUGAAGAAGAAGAGUGGUGAGGAAGUAGACUGCACAAAGGCUAUGGAUGAAUUCGCACUUGACUUGGCCGCUCAACUAACCUACGGCGAAGACGCCGGCAUCCAAGACGGCACCGGCAUCGAAACCCAUCUCGAAUCCAUCAAAAAGUAUCUUUCCUGGCUCGGUUACUACGCCACCCUCCGCAACAUCUCCGAACUCCUCUCCUACACCCGCGACCCCGCAGUCCUAACAACCUACUGUUCAAACUCCGAAUCCCUCCUCAUAAACCGCCAACGUAACCACCCCGACUCCCACGACAUAACCUCCCACCUCCUCCUCGAAGACGAAGAAUCCCGUCGUAAAUUCCAAGUGCCCCUCCAACUCGCCGCAAACACCAACCUCUCACUCCUAAUGGGCACAGCCGUCGGCACAACCCUCUCCCAAACCUUCAAAACCCUCUCCAAGAACAAAAAAAUCCAAGAAAAACUCCACAAAGAACUAGAAUCACAUAUCAAAAAGGGCGGUGACCUUUCCACCGAAAGUAUCAAACCACUUCCUUACCUAUCCGCUAUAAUUACCGAAUCCCUUCGUCUUCAUAAUCCAUUCACUACUGGUGUUCACGCUGCUAUCGGUGAAGAUGGUUUGGAUAUGGGUUCAUACCGUCUCCCACCUCAUACACAAGUCUACGUCCCAACUCUAACCCUCAUGACCGAUGAAAAAUACUUUGAAAACGCAGAAGAGUAUAUUCCAGAACGUUGGACGGAAAAGGAAGAGAUGGUUAAGGAUAAGAGGGCUUAUGUACCAUUCGGAUAUGGGAUUCAUGCGUGUGCGGGUAAACAGUUGGCGAUUAAUGAGUUGAAAUUAGUUGUUGCCAGAGUUGUGGCUGGAUUUGAGAUUGAAGGUGAAGAUGAUGAGGAGGUUGAGUGGAAGGAUUAUGGAAUGGUCAGGGUUGGGGAGUGGAAGGGGAGGUUUAAGAGUCGUAAGUGA